UGUGAGAGGAGAGAGGGAGCGGCAGUGUCAUUUAAAAUACGGAGAAAAGACCAAAGGCGACUGCAGUGGACUCGCAGAUCAGAAGAGAACCCAGUGCGGCCUGUCGAGUGGCAACCAUGGACAUAUUUUAAUGUGGGGAAGCUGCACCCAAAAAGGAAAGAAGAUGAGCAUCUGUAGAAUCAAGGCCACUUCUUACCUGCUGACCUUCAGUGACCUGCCUCUCGGCAACAUGGAUGGGCUAACUGCUGCCGUCAUCCGCGGCUUUAAAUGUCCUCUGCCAUGGCGCAGCGCGAGGCCGGGAGCACCAGCCCCGUGGUGCGUCAGAUAGACAAGCAGUUUCUGGUCUGCAGCAUCUGCCUGGAUCACUACUGCAGCCCCAAGGUCCUGCCCUGCCUGCACACCUUCUGCGAAAGUUGUCUGCAGAACUACAUCCCCCCGGAGUCCCUGACGCUGUCGUGUCCGGUGUGCCGGCAGACGUCCAUCUUGCCGGAGAAAGGAGUCUGCGCUCUGCAGAACAACUUCUUCAUCACUAAUCUCAUGGAGAUCCUCCAGCGAGACCCGGAGUGCUCGCGGCCGGAGGCCUGCAGCGUCCUGGAGUCGGUCAGCGCUGCGGCUGCAGGGAAGCCCCUCUGCUGCCCGAACCACGAGGGCCAGGUGAUGGAGUUCUACUGCGAGUCAUGUGAGACGGCCAUGUGUCUCGACUGCACGGAGGCCGAGCACGGGGAGCACGUGACCGUCCCCCUGCGGGACGUGGUGGAGCAGCACAAGGCCGCGCUGAAGACACAGCUGGAUGCCAUACGCAGCAGGCUCCCUCAGCUGGCGGCCGCCAUCGAGCUGGUGGGCGAGAUCUCCCGCCAGCUGAACGAGAGGAAGGCCGAGGCGGUGGCAGAGAUCACCGGCACGUUCGAGGAGCUGGAGCGGGCGCUGCAUCAGCGCAAGGCCGCCCUCAUCACAGACCUGGAGAGCAUCUGCAGCGCCAAGCAGAAGGUCCUGCAGGCCCAGCUUUCCUCUCUCCUCCAGGGGAAGGAGCACAUCCAGAGCAGCUGCAGCUUCACAGAGCAGGCUCUCAGCCACGGCAGUGCGACCGAGGUGCUGCUGGUUCAGAAGCAGAUGAGCGAGCGGGUCACAGCGCUGGCGCGACACGACUUUCCAGAGAGGCCGCAUCAGAACGCGCACCUGGACUGUCAGAUAGAGACUGAAGGUCUGCGACGCUCCAUCCAGAACCUGGGCGUUCUCCUCACCACGGCGGCCGUGGCUCACACCUCGGUCGCCACGGGAGAGGGCCUCCGGCACGCUGCGACCGGGCUGCACCACACCGUUACUGUGACGACAAAAGACAAAAACGGGGAGCUGGUGCGGACGGGGAACGCUCUUCUGAAGGCGGAGAUAACGUCCGCUGACGGGAGCCGCGCCGCGGAGCCCGAGGUCACGGACAAUAAGAAUGGAACGUACGAGGUGGGCUACACGUUGCGCUCCGAGGGAGAGCACUCCUUCGCCCUGCUGCUGUACGGUCAGCCGGUGCGCGGCAGCCCGUUCCGCCUGCGGGCGGUGAAGCCCUCCGACGUGCCACAGUCUCCGGACGACGUGAAGAGGAGGGUGAAGUCGCCCAGCGGGACGGGCGGCCACAUACGGCAGAAGGCGGUGCGACGGCCUUCCAGCAUGUACAGCACCACCAAGAAGAAGGAGAACCCCAUCGAAGAUGAGCUCAUCUACAGAGUGGGUUCCCGGGGCAGAGAGAAGGGAGAGUUCACCAAUCUGCAGGGGAUCUCAGCCUCGAGCAACGGCAGAGUGGUGGUGGCCGACAGCAACAACCAGUGCAUACAGAUAUUCUCCAACGACGGCCAGUUCAAGAUGCGGUUCGGGGUCCGAGGUCGGUCUCCGGGGCAGCUGCAGAGGCCGACGGGCGUCACCGUGGACAUGAACGGCGACAUCGUGGUGGCGGAUUAUGACAAUCGAUGGGUCAGCAUCUUCUCCUCCGACGGCAAGUUUAAGAACAAGAUCGGUGCGGGCCGGCUCAUGGGUCCCAAAGGCGUGGCCGUGGACAAGAACGGACACAUCAUCACUGUGGACAACAAGGCCUGCUGCGUCUUCAUCUUUCAGUCCAACGGGAAGCUGGUGACCAAGUUUGGGGGCAGAGGGACGUCGGACAGACAGUUCGCAGAAAAACUUGGCCCAAACUUUAAUAAAUCUGGCCCGGUUUUCAGCCCACACUUUGUCGCAGUGAACAACAAGAACGAAAUCGUCGUGACCGAUUUUCACAAUCACUCUGUGAAGGUGUACAGUGCAGACGGGGAGUUCUUGUUCAAAUUCGGCUCCCACGGCGAAGGCAACGGCCAGUUCAAUGCGCCCACCGGUGUGGCUGUCGACGCCAACGGGAACAUCAUUGUCGCCGACUGGGGCAACAGCAGAAUCCAGGUGUUUGACAGCGCUGGCUCCUUCUUGUCCUACAUCAACACAUCAGCAGACCCACUGUACGGCCCCCAGGGCCUCGCACUCACCUCGGACGGAAACGUGGCCGUCGCCGACUCCGGCAACCACUGCUUUAAGGUUUACAGGUAUCUGCAGUGAGGGAGGACGCCGCCGCCGCCGCCGCCGCUGCCACGACUCCCGUUCAGACGAGUUCACGUCCUAACAUACAUCGCUGCUUGCCGACGUGGAGCUGGGACGCGGCCGCACGCCGGCUAGUGACUCCGGCUUCCAUGAAUUGAUCCUCCGUUUCCUUUUCGUCUGUACAAUCUUUGGAAGACGCAGCGCACAGAGCUGAAAACAAAUUACAAAGAAAUGUGAGCAAAGGAAGAAUUUGCAUUUUACAUGAAGGACAACACAAACCACGACAACGCAAAAUGAAAUAGACUACGGGUGUUUAAAUCACGUGCCUAUUAAGGAUUAAAAAGGAGCUGUAAUUACAUAUUUUUCUUAUUUGACCAUUCAUGGUUUGCUGUCGACCAAGUGAGGGAAAAACCUGAAAUGGGAAUGAGCCCGUGGAACAAGGCGUUUCGGCAACACAUCCAAAGUUGGUGGUUACACAGCAAAUUGUAUCACCGACAAUUGAUAACAAUUGCAAAUGGACAACACUGCGAGCAGCCAGCAACUUUCUAAAUUAGCAAAAACAUGCAGGGGUCAGCCAGGUCAGGACGCUCCGCAAUCGCAGUAACUUAGCCCAGGCCUUUUCUUGGAAAAAAAAAGAAAAGAAAAUUGACCCGUGGUCACUGCCUUAGUUUUCAAUUCACACACACACACACACACACACACACACACACACACUCACAGACAGGAUUGUGUUGUUUUUAAAGAAACGGUUAUUUUUAUUUUUUUUCAUUGUGCACCUUAUCACUCUGGACAAGUGCACUUUUUUUUUUUUUGUCUAACCAACAUGUUUAAGUUUUUGUUGUUUGGGGCAACCAAAGACAAGCAUCAAGAAGCACAAGUUAUUAGAAAGAAAAAGUUUUUUGGAACUCAACAUCUGCACCAGCUCCAUUUUAACAUCAAGUCCGCUCCUCUCUCUCUCUCUCUCUCUCUCUCUCUCCCUCUCUCUCUCGUCUAUGAACCAAAACAAACUUCUUUAUAUUUGAUCCCGCUAGUUCUUGCACUUUUUGCGCACACAUGCAUAUUUCGGUGUGUGUGUGUGGAUCUGACGUCCAUGUUGUUUCACUUUGUAGCCUCAAUCCAGGAUUUCAACACUGGAAUAUUUACAGUAGAACGUCAUGCCAAAUAAAUGACCUGCCUGCAAACGUCGACGGAACAGUGUUGUGCACACAUUAUUUGCUCUGUUUUUUAUUUAAUUUUUCCCCCAAAGGACUUAGUUUAUUUUUUAUUUUAUUUUCUACAUAAUUUGCUCUACAAAUUAUUUUUCUAAUCGGUGCAUCUGAGCUUUCUCCUCCUUGCCAAACGUCGUUGUACAUAGGCCUCGUGACCUGAAGCACUGAAAGCCCUCUCUCUCUCUCUCUCUCUCUCUCUCUCUCUCUCUCUCUCUCUCUCUUUAGCCUCUCACAUCACUUUUCCUUCUUCCGGAAAAACAAAACAAAAACACGUCGUCGUAAGUUGUCGUUGAAAAUUGCACAGAAUGACGAAUAGAGUUAUAUAGUUUGCAAGAGUAAUAUAUGCCUCUGUGUAUAGUUAUCAUUUAACAUAAUCAGAAAGUGCACUGUAUAUCACAAUAAUAUUCUUGUUUUUAUAGCUGACACAAACCUUUAUCAUGGAUCUCCCAGUAGUUUUGCUUUGUGCUUUGAACACAACACCAGCUAAGACACAGUGACAAAAAGGUGGGUUUUUUUUUUAACUGUUUCAUGAUUUAACCAUCUGUCUCCCCGAUACUUGUCCUUGCAUCCGCUUCUCCCAUUCAAUUACAAAACUGUGUAAUGACGGAUUUAGUUAUGUUUUCUUUUCAAAUUUUUAACUGGCAUGUGUCUCUCACCUGUAACCGUAACCCACCAUCUUAUAUCUGUGUGAAAUAAGAGGAAGCACAUCAAUUCGACACCGCAUCAACCAUUCACGUGCAGCCCUACUGUAUACUGCAGGAGGCCCGUCUUACAAAGACGUAAUCACUAUGUAAUCAUGGCAAAGGUAUGAUUGUAAAUAUUAAAGGAAUAUCACUACCA